AUGGCAAACUGUGGACAAAGCUGUAGUAGCAGUGAUGUGGUUGAUUGUGUUGUCAUUAACAAAACAGUGCAGCAUAUACUCCCAGAAAUUAUCACUGCAAUCAAGGAUGAGAUCAAAACAUAUAAUCAUUACCUAAAAGACUUAUCUGGUGAUGGCGUAGUUUACAGUUACCCUGAUCGGAUACUGCACAAACCGUUUCUGAGGCUGUCUAAUGGGGAGAUACCUCCUCCGAACUCCGAUGCGAUUCUCAGGACACAGAGAAAAGAACACAAUUUGAGUGAUGUUCGUGCUACUUCUUGUAAAAAGUGGUUGAAGAAGGAAUUAAUUUCCUUGAUCAAAUCUGUCUCUACAUGUGUUCGCAAUCGCCGGAUUCAGAUUUUAGAAGAUAGACGAGACCUUUUGCUAAAAAAGGUUUCCAAGACAUGCAAGAAGCAGCCAAGUUCUAAAACGUGUCUAAACAAUUCUUCUGUGGAAUCUAGCAAAUCUCUUCUGGCUGAACUUCAAGAUUGUGAAUCAAAACUAUACCAAACUCAUCUUAUGUCUUCGACACCUCCAAAAUGGUUGAUUUCAACCUUAGCAAAUAUGGCAUUUAAUGAUUCUGGUGGUUAUGCCUCUCAAGAUGUCUUCUGGAAGAAUCAUGGUCAUAAAUUCAGCAAUAAAAGUUCUUACAGCCAGUCUGUUCGGAAUUGGUACGAAUUACUUUCAUCAGCUGAUAGCAUUAUUUCUCUGUCUGAUUGGACUGAAAUAUCAAAUUUAGAGAGUAAAACUCGUAUAGAUGAUGUCAAUGCUCGAUUAACAUGGAUUCAUCGUUUACAACCCAAUGUUAAUCGUUCUAAAUGGUCAGCUGAAGAAGACAAACGAUUAACAGAAUUAGUGGAAGAAUUUGGUGAAUAUGGUCGUUGGGAGGAAAUAUCCAAAGUUUUAAACACCAAUCGUACUGCUUUCAUAUGCCUUCAACGUUGGCAAACUGUUUUGAAUCCUAAUUUCCACAUGUAUCGUAAAUGGUCCACUUCGGAGGAUACUGCGUUAAUCGAUAUUUUAAAAAAAUUGCUUCAAUUCUAUUCGCCCGGUUUAAUGGAUUGGGAUAUUGUGUCUGCUCACCAUUCGACUCGAUCAGCUAGUGAAUGUCGUUCUCGUGCACCAAUUAUUUGUUCAGUAUUUAAAAAUGUCAAUCCAAAAGUACAGAACGUUUUAGAUCCAAACAUCAGUCAAAGCAUCAACCCUCAAGUAUCUACUGUAUACCGUCCAUUUUCUCUUGCUGAAGAUUUACAACUUUUAAUGGCGGUUCAACGGUAUGGUAUUGCUGGUGGACGUGUUGGUCAUGGCGGAGGUAUAGGGAUAGGUUCUUGGGCAUUAGUCACUACUGCUUUGCCAGGUCGAAGUGCAUCCUCCUGUCGAAAAAGAUACUUAGAAUUGUGUGAACAAUUUCAACCUUGGACAUGUUAUGAAGACCAUAAUUUAUAUCAUUUAGUUCUUAGUUAUGGACCAUAUGCUUCCAUGGGAUGCUGGAGAACAGGUCCGAGUCUACAAAUUUUCACUAAUCUUCUUCCAUAUUUUCCUGGACGUUCGGCUCAUUCUCUUCAAUCACGUUUUAAAACACUGAGAAGAUGGGCAAUGUUAUGGUAUAAUUUACGUGAACAAAUAACUGGUAGACUAGAAGAUUCAUUCAGUUGUAAUCCUUUAUCACCCUCAGUUAAAAAUGCUGGUGUUCCUGAUCCUGAAACAGAAGCUUACAGAAUAAUAACAACAUGGAAACUAUCCAAAGACCCUGUCAAGUCAUCUAGCUACACUUGGUCUCAUAAAGAUUGGAAGCCUAAUCAAAUUGAUAUAGAUUUUAUGCAGUUUUUAGAUGAUUUAGUUUCUGGUAUCUUAAUUCAACAACAUAUUCCAACGAAUAAUAAUACGAAUGAGACAACUAUUGCUUCACAUUCAAAUCAAUUGAAUAAUUCUGAUAAACAAGGACAAUGCAAUGAAGUUAAUGAAACACGAAUAAAUUUAACUCCUGCAAUUUCAGAACAAAAUACAUCAUUCAAACAACUUACAUUUUCAGAAUCCAAAUGGAUUAUACACCAGACUCAGAUAAAACAUGUUAUAGUUGGUCCUGUACGCAGAUACCUUGCUACAAUGGCUGGAGCUCGUGUAUCGAAUUCAGCGUAUCAAUCAUCAUCCGUAUUCAUGCAUCAUCGUAAUUUAACUGCUGGUCAUAAUUCAAUACAUAUAACUCAUCGUCGUAAAGGGAAUCGAGCUUCAUUAUUAUUACGUAAAGAACAUUUAUUUUGGAUGACACUUGAUCAAGUAAUGUGUGAUCCAAAAGUGAAAUCAUCUUUGCAACAAAUAAAUAAAAUAUCAAUGUUAAGAACUGCUGCUCCUUUCAUUGCUCGUCAAAUGGUGUUGCGUUUCACAAAGGGUUAUAAAGUAGCUUAUACUAGUUUACGUAUUCGAAAAACAGGACGUUGUAAAAGAACCUUAAGGAGAAAGAUAUUUGAGAAACAUUCCAAAAAAAAUCAAAAUGACUUGGAAUCUUGUCAUAAUGAAAGGCAAAUAUCAAUAACUGAAGAUAAUUCAUUAUUUAAAGACAAUCUAAGCAGUUUGACAUCUACAUUUGCAGCUAGUUCCUCAGUGAUAUUAUGUACUGACGAGACAAUGACGACUGCUGAGGCCACGACUGCUAGCAGCAGCGCUACCACCACUGACACUGUAAAAACAACGACAACUGAUGUUAGUGCUACUACUAAUGUAAUUGCUUCUACUUCUAAUUCUUGUAAUGCAACUGCUGAUAAAAAUACAAUCGAGUUAACGGAGAGUAAACGAAAGUUGUUAGUACAAAUUCAUAGUAUUUUGAAAGCUUUCGAAAGGAAAAAAUACAAUUCUUCAAAUGCCUAUGUUUUAUCAACAAAUAUUUGGUCUCGAAGAAUGAAGGCUACAGAGCCAAAUGCUGUUAAUCAAGACCGAUUCAUUCCACCUAUUAUGCGUGAUUUACCAUCGAAUAUAGGCAUUCGUUUAUUCCAUCAACCUGAAUUAAUAAAUAAACGUUGUUUGGAAAUUGCACGAUCAUGUUUACAGAAUGGAUUACAUUUGUGUACAGAUAAGACAGAAUCAUCUAAAAAAAUAGAUGUUGUAAAAAAAGGUACUGUUGAUCAGUCAAUUUCAUGUACAACAUCGUCAGAUACAGUUGACUCGCAAUUGAUACAACCUAAGAAAUCUUCUAAUGCAUUUAUCUACAUUGUUAGAAAGGAAAAAGGAAAAUUUUCACAAUUUACUGAACUUAGGCGUCUCUUUUGUGCAUAUCCGGGCCAAACUAUUACAGAUGAAGAGUUUGAGAAAAAAUUAAACGAAUUUAAAUCGUCUACUAUGUUUGGUCGUCCGAUUUUCAACGUGGCACGUACACUUUUGUCUUCAAAAUAUACAGAUUUUAUUAACAGAUCACUAGCUCUUCUUUUGUGGCCUGCACUUCUGGCAAGCAUACCAGCCAAAUCAUUUAUGGAAGAUGCUAAGCGUCAUUGGCAAGAAGCAUAUGAACAUUCAGUCGCUAAGUAUCCCCAGGAAAAUGAUGAAGAAAUCGCAGAAAUUCAGGAGGAUGACACUAUUGCUCCAGUCAACAGACCUAAACGAAAACGGCGAAAACAGGAUUAUUUCAUGAACAUACCAAAUAAAAGGUUAAAAGAAAUCAUAAUUACAACGCGUUACUUAAUUUUGUCGGGUCAAGAGUUGAUUGGGCUAAGCGAAUAA